UUGAGUUAUAGUAAAAUAGUUACAACAAAAUGAGUGCCUCGGAGGACGAAGUGAUGGACGAUGGACUGCACAUUAAACCUCCACAACCACACCACCGACACAAGGAUCGUAAACGAGACCGAGGUCACCGGCACUCACAAAAGUCGAGUCGGAAUAAUAAAGACGUUCCACUUACUCAAGGGACGAUGGGUGUGGUUAGUGGAGGAAGUGGUGAAAGAAGGCAACAUGAGCGAAGACAUCAUCAUCGUGACGAAGAUCAACGACCACGACAUCGAGAGGUGGAAAGGAUUGAGAGAAAAGAAAGGGAAAGAGGUCCCUCAUCAUCAUCGUCGUCGAAGCAGGGACACCAUAGAUCGAGCAGCAGUAGAAAGCGAGGCGACGAAGACAAAUCUGCCGGUAGCUCGCGAGAUGUUGUCCUAUUCGAAGUUAAGAAAGAACGGAGAAAUAUUGAAUUGGAGAAUGAACGGGCGCUACGAGAAAUUGAGAGGCGGCGAGAAAAGGAAAAGGGUCAACCAGAUCCAUUUGAUGGUGAAAUAAGUGGGAGACAUCGGCGUGAAAAGAGGUCACAUCGGGACAGGGACCGUGAACAACGGGGCGGUGAAAGGGAAAGAGCCCGGCGGCAAGCUUUGCCUACUACGCCACCAGAAGAGCACGUGGAGGAAGAAAUUGUAGAAGCUGUAGAUCCCAGAAUUCAGUUAGAAGUACAGGAUAUCGAAGACAGCAGUGGCUCUGAUUUAGAAGAAGGUGAACGGUCAGGAUCAGCCCAUUCGAGAGAAGAUCAAGAACCAGAGGAGGAGGAGGAGGAAGAUGGACACGGAGAUGCUUCGGAUAAAUCUGAUGUUAGCAGUGCUUCAGAUAACGAAACGGAAGAAAAACCAGAACACGAUGAAGAACAAGCAAAUAAGGCAGCGAGCGAUGUUAGCAGUUCUGGAUCGUCUCGAAAAUCUCAUUCCGAAAAAUCAGAUGCAUCCUCUUCGUCCUCCUCUAGCUCUGAGAGUGAUUCUGAUGAUGAAGGAGGAAACGAGACCAAAGAUAAUGGUGAACAAGACGGGCCGUCAAAACCGUCCAAAGUGCCACGAAAGGACUCGCCAACACCAUUUGGUGGACAAGGAAAUAAUGACCCUACUUCUUCCAAGCAGCAGAUGAGUGAUGACAGUAGAGAAGUUCCUUCCGUUGUAAUUACCGUGGAUGAAAACGAAGAAGAGGAUGAUUUGCUUCCCCCAUAUUAUCCAGCAAUUCAAGGAUGCCGUCGAGUUGAGGAAUUCCAACUACUGAAUAGAAUUGAGGAAGGAACUUAUGGAGUAGUUUACCGUGCAAAAGAAAAAAGGACAGACGAAGUAGUGGCUUUGAAGAGGCUGAAAAUGGAGAAAGAAAAGGACGGUUUUCCCAUCACAUCAUUGAGAGAGAUAAACACCUUAUUGAAGGCACAACACGAAAACAUUGUCACCGUCAGAGAAAUUGUUGUCGGAAGUAACACAGACAAGAUUUUCCUGGUGAUGGACUACGUAGAACAUGAUCUUAAAGCAUUAAUGGAAACUUUAAAGUUAAAAGGUCAAGUUUUCCUCCCCGAAGAAGUUAAAUGCUUAAUGAUCCAGUUGUUGCGUGCUGUCGCACAUUUGCACGACAAUUGGAUUCUACAUCGGGAUUUGAAAACCUCAAAUUUGCUUCUUAGCCAUAAGGGAAUUCUAAAAGUGGGAGAUUUCGGCUUGGCCAGAGAAUAUGGUUCCCCCUUGAAAGCGUACACUCCCAUCGUGGUCACUUUGUGGUACCGAGCUCCGGAACUCCUCCUAGGAACAAAAGAAUAUUCGACGCCCAUUGACGUGUGGAGUGUGGGAUGUAUUUUCGGAGAACUGUUAAAAAUGGAGCCCAUGUUUCCAGGAAAAAUGGAAUCAAACCAACUGAAUUUAAUAUUUCAAUCUUUGGGUACACCCAACGACCGAAUAUGGCCAGGAUACUCACAGUUUCCCAUCGUACAAAAGAUGACAUUUGCCGAUUAUCCGGUCAAUAAGUUAAAGACAAGAUUUGGACACUUGACAGAUCAAGGAAUCGACUUGAUGAACAAAUUCCUCACAUUCAAUCCAGCCAAAAGAAUUACUGCAGAAGAUGCAUUGGAUCACGCCUUCUUUAAAGAAAUGCCCGUAGCAAUAGAUCCCUCAAUGUUCCCAACGUGGCCAGCAAAGUCCGAGCUGGGUCAUAGGAAAGCAGCCGCGUCACCAAAACCACCCUCUGGAGGGCAUCAGUUCAAAGGAAUGAAGGAUGACGAAGACACGGCCGGAUUUUUCCUUGGUGGAGGAGACGCGAGAAGACAGCCCACGGGGGCUGGAUUCAGUUUAAAAUUUUAAUUAUGCAAGUUUUAUACUCAUAAAUAAUGUCAGUUAUAUCCAGAAGUACGAGGAAAAGUCGCAUCUCGACUGGAUUUUUCAGCUCUUGUAGAAGAUAAAGCUAGCGCCGCAACCCGAGUCAAACACACUGGCGUAAGGGACAUCGGCUCGGCUUGAGUACAAGCAUUUCCAGGUUCAAACCCCAGCACGGUACAGCUAACUUUACUUUUUGCAACCUAGUUUUCACCACAAUCGUUAUACUGUUGUAUAGGGGGUAAAGUUCUACUAGCAACAUAGUCGGACCACCCCUGGGAAGAUAUUUGGGAGUGGUUAAUGUCAUCAUUUUUUCGUACUGACCACACCCCCACACGCUCUCGGUGCGGUCCGAAUAUCCUACUAGUGGAACUUGACCUCGUAUGCAAAGUUAAAAGCAUUUUAGUCAAAACGGGGUUGCAAAAA